AUGGUGAACGGGACGGUGCGGGAGGAGCUGAUCGCCAGCAAGACGUGCGAGGAGAUCCUGCAACUGGCCACCAAGCUGGCCCGCCAGUCCGGCCUCGACAUCGUGCGCAUCCGCAAGCCCUUCCACACCGACAGCCCCAGCAUCCAGGGCCAGUGGCACCCCCUCACCAACAAGCCAUCCGCCCUCACCGUCCAGGGCCCGCGCCUGCAGCCCAAAUAA